AUGUCGACCGCUACGAAACCCUCGGCUCUAGCCUUUGACCUCCAAGCGCGAUGUUCGACAUCCAAGGCGCGCGCAUCGACCCUGCACCUUCCGCAUGGGCCAGUCGACCUCCCAAUGUUCAUGCCCGUAGCGACCCAGGCGUCUCUGAAGGGCCUGACCCCAGAGCAGCUGGAAGAGACAGGCUGCAGACUGUGCUUGAACAAUACAUAUCACUUGGGCUUGAAGCCGGGCCAGGCUGUACUGGAUGCGAUCGGCGGAGCUCAUAAGCUUCAAGGAUGGAACUACAACAUCCUGACUGACAGUGGCGGUUUCCAAAUGGUCUCGUUGCUCAAAUUGGCCAAGAUAACAGAGGAGGGAGUGAGAUUCCUCAGUCCUCACGAUGGUAGUCCAAUGCUUCUCACACCAGAGCAUUCCAUGUCUCUCCAAAACUCCAUUGGGUCAGACAUCAUGAUGCAGCUGGACGAUGUCAUACAGACAACCUCGCCGGAUCAUGCUCGGAUGAAAGAGGCCAUGGAACGCUCAGUCCGGUGGCUGGACAGAUGUAUCGCCGCCCACAAGUACCCGGAGAAGCAGAACCUUUUCUGCAUCAUCCAAGGCGGCCUCGACCUCGAGAUGCGAAAACAAUGUUGUCUCGAAAUGAUCAAGAGAGAUACUCCGGGCAUAGCCAUCGGCGGGCUUUCCGGGGGGGAAGCAAAGUCGGAUUUUUGCAAAGUCGUUGAUACAUGCACCGACCUCCUCCCGGAAAACAAACCAAGAUAUAUCAUGGGAAUAGGCUAUCCCGAAGACAUCGUCGUCGCCGUAGCUCUGGGGGCUGACAUGUUCGACUGCGUUUGGCCUACGAGAACAGCACGCUUCGGCAAUGCCAUUACAUCGCAGGGCGUGCUGAAUCUAAAGCAUGCCCGCUACGCCCGAGACUUCGGCCCGGUCGAACACGAUUGCACCUGCACAUGCUGUCGCUCGAAGGAAGAUGGCGGCCUAGGAAUUACCAGAGCUUACAUCUACCACCUCGCAGCCAAGGAGACGGUCGGAGCACAUCUAUUGACGAUGCACAACGUACAUCAUCUCCUCUCGUUGAUGCGGCGCGCCAGACAGGCGAUUCUGGAAGACCGAUACCCUGAAUUCGCACAGGACUUCUUUGCUCGAUACUUUGCCGACAAGGCGACGCCGCAGUGGGCCAUUGAUGCGCUUCAGGGUGUCGGGAUCGAGCUUUGA